CACUCCCACUCCUUGCCUCUUAUUUUCACUCUCUGCUAAACCCAUUUGUUCAGUAUUGAGCUUCAAAUCUGGGGCUGGAUCUGUCAGCACUUGGACCAUGCAAUAAAGGGGCAAUUAAGGAGAGGAGGGGGUGAACGAGGAAGCACCCCUCCAUCCUGGAUGCCCCCUCUCCACCCAUGGAUUUACCCUGCACCCUGGCACCUACGCUCCACUGGAAGAUGCUCCGUGCUGCAGCACCCCUAUAACGGAGGGGGCAUGUAAAUGUUUGUGCUGCACUGGGGGGAAGGGUCUAUUUAUUAUUUAUUUAUUUGGUGUCUCCACUAGAGAAUUAUAUAUACAUAUAUAUAUAUAUAUAUACAGAUAUUAGAUACCUACAGCAAAGAUGAAGAAGCAGUUCAAUCGGAUGAGACAGCUGGCUAACCAGACAGUGGGAAGGGCUGAGAAGACUGAGGUUUUGAGUGAAGACUUAUUGCAGGUGGAGAAGCGCCUGGAGCUGGUGAAGCAGGUCACCCAUAGCACCCACAAGAAAUUAACAGCCUGCCUUCAGGGUCAACAGGGGACAGACACUGACAAGAGAUCGAAAAAGCUACCUUUAAUAACCCUGGCUCAGUGUUUGAUUGAAGGAUCGGCUGUUUUGGGCGAAGACUCUUUGCUUGGGAAGAUGCUGAUUCUAUGCGGAGAGGCAGAGGACAAACUAGCCCAGGAGCUUAUCCACUUUGAGCAGGAUAUGGAAAGAGACGUGGUGGACCCAUUGUUUGUGCUGGCGGAGGUGGAGAUCCCUAACAUCCAAAAACAGAGAAAACACUUAGCCAAAUUAGUCUUGGACAUGGAUUCUUCUAGAGCAAGGUGGCAGCAGUCUGCUAAAUCUUCCGGAAUCUCCAGCAAUCUGCAGCCCUCGGGAGCUAAGGCUGACGCACUCAGGGAAGAGAUGGAGGAGGCGGCAAACCGGGUUGAAAUAUGUAGGGAUCAGUUGUCGGCAGAUAUGUACAACUUUGUGGCCAAAGAAAUAGACUAUGCAAACUACUUCCAGACGCUAAUAGAAGUGCAAGCAGAGUACCACCGGAAAUCACUCGCUUUAUUGACUGCUGUGCUGCCACAGAUCAAAGCCCAACAAGAGGCUUGGAUAGAAAAGCCAUCAUUUGGGAAGCCCUUAGAGGAACAUCUGACGGUCAGUGGGAGAGAGAUUGCGUUUCCAAUAGAGGCGUGCGUCACCAUGCUGCUGGAAUGUGGAAUGCAAGAGGAGGGCCUGUUCCGAGUGGCUCCUUCUGCCUCCAAGCUGAAGAAGUUAAAAGCUGCCCUGGAUUGCUGCGUAGUGGAUGUGGCUGAAUAUUCUGCUGACCCACAUGCCAUAGCGGGAGCCUUAAAGUCUUAUCUCCGAGAGCUUCCUGAGCCCCUCAUGACAUUUGAACUGUAUGAAGAAUGGAUACAGGCAUCAAACUUCCAGGAACAAGACAAGAGGCUGCAAGCUCUAUGUAACGCAUGCGAGAAGCUUCCUAAGGCCAAUUAUAACAAUCUCAAAUAUGUCAUAAAGUUUCUGGCCAAGUUAACAGAGUACCAGGACGCAAACAAGAUGACCCCCAGCAAUAUGGCCAUUGUACUGGGACCUAACCUCUUGUGGCCGCAGGCAGAAGAGAAUAUAACAGAGAUGAUGACCACCGUAUCGCUCCAAAUAGUGGGAAUUAUUGAGCCAUUAAUCCAGCAUGCUGAUUGGUUCUUCCCUGGCGACAUAGAGUUUAAUGUGACGGGAAACUAUGGCAGCCCCGUGCACACCAACCACAAUGCCAACUACAGCUCCAUGCCGUCCCCCGAUAUGGACCAUUCAGACAGAAAACUGCACGACCAGGCCAGGAGGCCGCUCAGCGUGGCUACUGAUAACAUGAUGCUGGAGUUCUACAAGAAGGAUGGCCUUAGGAAAAUACAAAGAGAUGGUAAGCAGAUGUCUUUGUAUUCCCCCCUUAGCAUGGGCGUGAGGGUGAUGGACACUUCAUGGGUUGCCCGGCGCGGUUCUUCCUUAGUCCGCAAAGGCCCCUCCACCCCACCCGCCAUGCAGCCCCCUGCUCCUCCUCCACUCGAUUCCGCAGCCAUGCCUCAGUCACCAAAUCCUGACUUGUCCGUAGAAAGUCCCUCCCCUACUCCUCCCAGUAGUGGCUCCCAACCGGGUCCUGAGAGGACAAGUGGAGAUGAGGUUUCGCCUCAGUGGUCGGAUUCCUGUUACAACUAUCCUUCCCCUGAAGAAGACAGAACCACAUCCUUGCACUCAUGUUCACAAUACCCCACCCUCCCUCCUCACCCUCCAAAAGUUCCUCCAGCUGCCAGAGCUGAUGCCCCUUCUGCCUACCGGUGGAUUGGGUACAGCCAGACUUUGCCUCCUUCCCCACCAAAGCUUGACAUUAACUCCAACCCCAAACCUUGCUUCUUACACCUCACUAAGCAGAGCUCCUUGACUGAACCCCACACUGCAGAACCUAACAUCUCUCCCCUCUACAUCAAAACCCCACUUGUUCUAACCAAACCCGACCCAUCUGGCACACCUAACCUUCCCACAAUGUCACCCCCAUGGCUCAGCUGUUCCUGUGCUCGAGACAAGGGAACCAAGCUGACUAGCACAUUAAAAGGAAAGGAGCUGUCACCUGUGUCUGGUCCAAAAUCGAGCACGAGUACUGGCCAUGUGGUGUCUUCAGGUGGGAUGGGACUGAGCCAGCUUUCAAUAGAGCAAAGCCCUCAUUCUCUUAGGAAAGUAUCCAAGAAACUAGCACCAGUGCCACCCAAGAUUACAUAUAACCAGACAGGAACAGUGUCUGACCAAUCCACGGGUCAGCCGUCUCCUGUCAGUCUUUCCCCAACACCUCCCAGCACCCCAUCUCCUUAUGGACUGAAUUACCAGGGUUGUCUGACCUCUGCUCCCAAUCUAUCAUCACCCCCACCGCUGACCAGCACUUUAAACAAAUCCCGUCCCUUGCCAAAACCAAGACAGAGACCAUCUCUUCCCCCACCCCAGCCUCCCACCUCAAGUCAGUCUGCUUCCAGCCCACAGUCUGUGGAGAACAGCAUCUUAGAUGGCCUAUCUCCUGGGGAAAGUAUGUCUACAGAUAUCAUCCAUUUCGACAUUCCGUCCAUCCUUAUUGAAAUUGACACUGCCUUGAAACGUGAUGCCAUGAAAGAGGAACGAGAAAGGCGUUCCAUGGAGGGCAGAGCUGAAUCAGAUGAGGAGUCAGAAAGCACGGUGCUUUGACGUUAGUCAUUCUCCGUACCCAACAGCCAAACCUGUGCCAAGUUCUGUAUUAUAUCCAUGUUUCCGCUUCUACAAUCGGGGUGCCAUUGGAAUUGAUAAAGGGGGUCCUUUCUACACACACAGGAUUCAUGCUACAAUCCUUUGGGCCACAAACCAAUAAGAAUAAGGAACAAACACCGUAUAAAAUAUAUGUUUCCCUAGAACUCAAUGGGUUAUUGAUGCAGAUAGUAAUGUGUCCAUCUAUAUGUACAUAAAUCUAGGAAAAUCCUCAGCCAUGUUAAAAGUGGUCACUGCUGCUAUUUUAGUUUUGUUUGCUCAGAAUGACUACAUAUUCCACCUGGCCACUGUUUAUCGGCCCCACCUUGUAAACGUUAAGCUCAUUGCUUACUUCCACUUUCACAAUAUGGAGCUAUAUUCGCAAGUCAAUUGCCCAGACUAGUCAGGUUUUCUGCUUUGCGUGUGGUCAUUUUCCAUUGCUCUGUACUGGUGUGUUGUCAUCUAAAUACCCAGCAUCAGAAGAAAUAUUUGGCUGGUCCUUCCUGGAAAGCCAAAACAGGCAUUCAAAUUGUCUGCACCUUACCCACAGCCAUUAUUAUAUGGCACUCAGCGCCAAAUUAUCCACAAGGCUCAAACCAAGGGGGGAAUCAUUAGUGCUUGGAGGGGCACACUAGUUGACCUAGUUAUGGAUGAAAAGAACCAGUGUCAAGAAUAUGGUUUGGGCUUGCUGCAAUAAGCAAGCAACAUUGUGUGUGUCACAGAGAGGCUGGCAAUGGAAAGAUAAGGCUUACUCACUUCUUCUCUAAUUGCAUACAAGUUCCUGCAGCCUCAUUCAGUAUGCUGUCAUACCAUUUAAUAUUGCAACCAAACCAAACAGGAUAGAGCUGCUUAAAAUACUCCAGGCCAAUGGGACAGCACAUUCUAGAACAGUGCUGAGUAUUGUGACAUCAGUGCAUGCCCUGCAUGUUCUAAAACCGCUCAGUAGCUUUCAUAGCUGGAAAAUAAUGUAGGUUUAGGCAGACGUAGCUUCCCCAAAAGGAGACUGCUUUGUAUUCACAUAUAAUUGUAUAUCCUCAAAUGGGAAUCCUGCUCCAAACAGAAAAUGUCGCCCUGCACACAGGACUUCUGAUAGCUGCAACCUUUCAGCAGUGAGUCAGUAAAGAAUAAGAGUCAGUAAAGAAAGAACCCCAACCUAUACUCCAUUCUCAGCAAUGGGAAGGAAAGGGCAUAUAAGUAAUCUGCAGAAUUUCUCCAAGCUCUUGGUUAUGUCAUAAGUUCCAUGCCACCUUCAUUUUUUUUGCAUAUCUUCCUGGUCAGCAAGUGGUAAAAAAGGACUUAAAAAAACAAAAAUAUUUAUAUCCAGAUGCAAUUUUAUUUUAUAUUUUAAUUUAUAAAAAAAAAUAGUUUGUAUCUAAGCCUUUAAUUGAUGGCAAAGGGGCCAAGUCUUCACCAAGUCUAUAGUCUUUUAUUUGUGUUAUACAGUGCUUCUGUAUCAUUAUGUCUGGGAGGGUAGCCCCACUUUUAACCAGUGCAAAAAAUAAUAUAUUGUCCUUGCAGAGUUUUAUAAAGAGAGAAGAAUGCCAAUAAGGGGUUACUUGGCAUGCUAUUUUUCCUGAUCGUGUUCAAAGAAGUCCAAGUGUUUUAAUUAGAUUUAUCUCCUUUUUUUGACUUACAUUUUUGUUCCCAGGGUUGACUAGACAUCCUGGGCAAUGCAUUCUUAUUGUUAAAGGGAAAAAAAAAACAUAUUUUCAUUUCAGGUAUACUUGGAUGUCUACAUGGAUUUAGAAUUUUAAAAUGUGAUUGUCUGUGAAUUUUAAAUUUAAAAGGAACAAGGAGUUUUACAGAGUCCCUGCCGCUUCACUUGCUAGCUUCCUGGGCUGUUAAUCUGUGGAUUCUGACAAAUGUCAGAGGGGCUCCUUUAAGAUACUAUACACACUCACUGUUUUUUGAAAUGGUGAGGGGAGUGUUUGGGCCUCAGUAUACAUGAAAUUCCAGGGCCUAUUAUAAAUCCCAUCCUGGGCCACUGAUUCCAGCUUCUUUCACUGUAACUUCCACCUUCUACUCUGACUACUGCACUUCACUCCCCCUCUCACUGUUAGCUGCCAUCACAGUGUUCUAGCCCCAACCACACCUUAUAAACUGCUAUCAGAGUGUUCUAGCCCGACCCACUGCUUGAGUUACAGACUCUUUCCCCCUCCCCUGUAAGCUGCCAUUAGUAUGUUCUAGUGACACUAACUGCUGCUACUCACCAACUCAAUUCCCUACGACGAGUAUUCUAGUCCUGCCCAUUGCUUGCCUUAAAGACUUGAUGCCCCUCCUCUUGUAAGCUAUCAUCAGAGUGUUCACCCACUGCUUAAAAAGGAACUGUCGCGAAAAUUUAAUAUAACCUUUAUCAUACUGAAAUAAGAAAUUUUCUAAAUACAACCAAUUAAAUAUUCUGCAUUGUUU